AAUUCUGCAACUUUCUUUUCAUAUUUUAGAGAAUCGGUUAAUAAAACGAAUUUGGAUUUGCAGUGAUGGAUUAUUCUCUUCCAGAAGAUUCUCUUUUCCUUGGAUUUGACAGUUCUACUCAGUCUUUGAAGGCAACUGUGCUAGACAACAACCUCAAUAUUGUUGCUUCAGAGGUUGUGCAUUUUGAUUCUGAAUUGCCACAUUAUAAGACUAAGGAUGGAGUCUACAGGGACCCAUUAGUAAAUGGUAGAAUAGUCUCUCCCACUUUGAUGUGGGUGGAGGCUUUGGAACUCUUACUUGGAAAAUUUGUGAAAGCAGAAUUGGAUUUUGGAAGGAUCGCAGCUAUUUCCGGCAGCGGGCAGCAACAUGGUAGUGUCUAUUGGAAGAAAGGCAGUUCAGCCACAUUAGCAUCUUUGAAUCCCGAGAAACUGUUACUUUCUCAGCUUGGUGAUGCUUUUGCAACAAAGGAAUCACCUAUAUGGAUGGAUAGCAGCACGACCGCACAGUGCAGAGAAAUAGAGAUAGCUGUUGGGGGUGCAUUAGAGCUAUCCCAAAUUACUGGGUCCCGUGCAUAUGAGAGGUUCACGGGCCCGCAGAUCCGGAGGAUAUUUGAGACUCAGCCGGAAGUAUAUCAUGACACGGAGAGGAUCUCCCUCGUCAGCUCUUUUAUGGCGUCGCUCCUGAUUGGUGGUUAUGCUAGUAUUGAUGAAACAGAUGGCGCGGGAAUGAACUUGAUGGAUAUCAAACAGCGUGUUUGGUCGAAGAUUGUUUUGGAGGCUACUGCUCCAGGUCUAGAAGAAAAGCUUGGAAAACUGGUGCCGGCCCAUGCUGUUGCGGGUCUGAUAGCUCCCUAUUUUGUUGAGAGGUUUCACUUUAAUAAGAGCUGCCUUGUUAUUCAGUGGUCUGGAGACAACCCAAACAGCUUGGCAGGUUUGACCCUCAAUACUCCUGGGGAUCUAGCCAUUAGUCUCGGCACAAGUGACACAAUAUUUGGGAUUACCAAUGAGCCUCAACCUGGCCUAGAAGGACAUGUAUUUCCCAAUCCUGUUGAUCCAAAAUGCUACAUGGUGAUGUUGUGCUACAAAAAUGGAUCUCUAACUCGAGAAGAUGUACGGAAUCGGUGUGCAGAGAAAUCCUGGGAUGUUUUCAACAAGCUUCUUGAGAAAACGCCCCCAUUAAAUGGGGGAAAGCUAGGAUUCUACUAUACGGAGCAUGAAAUCCUGCCUCCCCUCCCAGUGGGAUUCCAUCGCUAUGUUCUUGACAACUUCUCAAGUGAUUCAUUAGAUGAGUUGAAAGAGCAUGAAGUGGACGAUUUUGAUGCCCCAUCAGAGGUACGUGCCAUCAUUGAAGGCCAAUUUCUCUCUAUGCGUGCUCACACGGAGAGGUUUGGGAUGCUGUUUCCUCCCAAACGACUAAUAGCAACUGGUGGUGCAUCAGCAAAUAAGAGCAUUCUUAGUGCAAUCACUUCCAUUUUUGGCUGUGAUGUCUAUACGGUCCAACGACCAGAUUCAGCUUCAUUGGGAGGGGCACUGAGGGCAGCUCAUGGGUGGUUAUGCAACAAUGCGGGCAGUUUCGUUCCCAUCUCAUGCAUGUACGAGAACAAGCUAGAGAAGACAUCGCUUGCUUGUAAGCUUUCAAUGCCAGCCGGAGAUCAACAAAUCGUCUCCAAAUACACUGUGCUGAUGAAGAAGAGAAUGGAAAUUGAGGAUCGUCUUGUCAAGAAGUUAGGCCGGAGGUAAACCACUAGCUUGAAAUUGAUCACAAGUGUAGCAUCAGAAAUCUUUUUAUGAAAAUAAAAAUAAAAAUGCGAAGUACUAAUCUUGGCAUUUUUGCUGCA